GAAGAAUCAUUGGUGACUUUGGCAUCCCCAUCUCAAUUUUAGUUUCAGUGCUGGUGGAUUACUCCAUUUCCGACACUUACACACAGAAACUCAAUGUGCCGUCGGGCUUCUCCGUCACCUCCCCUGACAAGAGAGGCUGGCUCAUCAGCCCCUUUGGUGACAAGCAGCCCUUUCCUGCCUGGAUGAUGGGAGCCUCUAUUGUUCCUGCCAUCCUUGUCUUCAUCCUCAUUUUCAUGGAAACUCAGAUCACAUCAUUGAUAGUCAGUAAGAAAGAGCGUCACCUGGUUAAAGGUUCUGGGUUCCACUUGGAUCUCCUGCUCAUCGUCACUCUGGGAGCCUUCUGUCCUCUCUUCGGCCUGCCGUGGCUCACCGCUGCCACCGUGCGCUCCGUCACUCACGUCAACGCCCUCACCGUCAUGAGCAAAGCCACGGCGCCUGGCGAGAAGCCCAUGAUCCAGGAGGUGAAGGAACAGAGGCUGACCGGCCUCGCUGUGGCUGUGCUCGUUGGUUUGUCCAUAGUGAUGACUGACGUGCUGCGCCUCAUCCCUCUGGCGGUGCUCUUUGGUAUCUUCCUGUACAUGGGGGUCACCUCUCUGACAGGCAUCCAGUUGUACGAACGCAUCACACUCAUGGUCACGCCCGCCAAGCAUCAUCCCGAUCACAUCUAUGUUACCAAGGUGAAGACGUGGCGUAUGAACAUGUUCACCCUCAUCCAGCUGGGGUGCAUCGUGGCUCUGUGGGUAGUGAAGUCCACGGAGGCCUCGCUGGCGUUCCCCUUCGUCCUCAUCAUGACGGUGCCGCUGCGUCGCCUCAUCCUCUCACGGAUCUUUGAGGAACGAGAGCUCCAGGCGCUGGAUUGCGACGAAGAUUCUCCCAACUUUGACGAAGAUGGACGAGAUGAGUACGAUGAGAUCCACAUGCUUGUGUAAAUUUAAAUUGGACCCAGCCAGUAGGAAUUCCUCCGCCCUCAAGCUCCGGCCAAUCGGAGCCUCUUCGGAAACCUCAGUGUCUCUGGGUAGCGGGGACAAAGAAGCUAUGGAUAAUGACUUCUUCUUACCUUUGUUUAUUCCAGUUUUGUAAAAGGACACACCUGAUGUUAGAUCUCUGUGGUGGGGGUGGUGUGUUAAACAUCAUGAGUUCAGAAAAAAACCCUACUUGAAGUGCAAAUCUAGCAAAAAACUUAACGGAGAUAAACAUUUUAUCCAACUUUUUAUCCUAUGGAUCCCUUUAUUUACCUUGGGCAUAAGUGCAAUGAUGAUGGUAACCUACUACAUUAUUUUGGUCCUGAAAACAAAAAAAUAGAGUCGAUCUGCUUUAUUCAGCAAGCAGAUUUUCAUCGAAAUUCAUAAUCGUUACGGUGAAUAUUAUCUUUACGCUGAAUCUCAAACCACUGCCUGUGUAUUUUAGCUGCCUUUUUUUCCUUUCUACUACUGCCAUUGCCUAUAGGUUGCAAUGAUGUGCAAAUAAGGAGUUAAGUAGUCCUUUUCCUUUCUGUACAGACUUUUAGUAAUGAGCACUUUGACUGGGCAAAAGUUCACAUUUGUCGCUGCCAACCGAACUCCCUGGCACAACGCCUCCUCUCUUAAUGUAGUCUCCCCUCCAAGCCAAAAUCUCUACGGAGACUGUGCAAGCCUCUUUAAGGGGUGUUACUGCACUUUGUUAGGUGUUUAAUGCCCAAAAUGCCAGUCCACUGACCCCAUUAUAGUGACCUUGGAUGUAUAAGUAAAUAGCUAACCUUAUUUUUCUACUGUGUUGUAUCUAUUUAUUUAUUCUACGACUUUUCAAUUAAUGCCAUCCCAGGUUUUGAGUGAGGUUCUAACCUCCAAAUAAUUCAAACUGCUGUUAGAGUUA